AUGAUGGUAUGUUUCAGAUCAGCUCUAAUAGCGGAACAGAUCGCGGUAGACCAGAAUUUACGUAUGGUAACAGACCGGUCCGCUCCCGGGAGUGCGUCCCGUGCGGUGUCCAAACUCCGUGCAGAGCUCAAAGGCCAUGAGUCAGGCAAUACCCUCGAUGUCUUGGAGCUAUUCAAGUUGCAAAGAAAAACGUAUAGCCAAGACCAUAAAGCAAAACUGGAUUGGGCACCCCUGAGCCUGAAGGAGGUGGAAUCUAAGGGCGUCGACGGUCAAUCUACUGAUCAUCCCACCCAGCCCACAAAGCCUCACCAUGACCGGUGCUUCUUACACUCUCCCUCGGACAGCGACCUAUUGUAUAAUCGUUCCGUGCAAUUUACAAAGCUUCAUGACCGGUGCUUCUUCCACUCUCCAGAUAAGGACCCGGUAUAUGAUCAAAUUGAAUCAGCGGACAUUCUUGGUCUUUCGCCGAUCCAUUACGCCGCCAGCCCCAUCGUAAGUGACGACUACUCGGGAGACAAAACCUAUGUCUCGGUCCUGCUUCGAGCCGGCGCAGAUGGAAAUGUUAAGGACCUGGCGGGAUGGACCCCGUUGCAUUACAAUUGCUUGUGGGGCGGCGAAGCACAAUUUGGGGAGCUCAUGAGCGAGGGCCUAGAUAUAGAAACACGUGCAAGGGAUGGCAUGGCACUCCUCCAUUGUGCGGCGAUAGGCAAUAACCACACUGCAGCCAAGCGCCUCAUGGAAGCAGGAUUAUACACCAAGGUUCUGGAUUCGUCUCGAAACACUCCCCUCCACUGGGCCGCUUAUUACGGAAACCUUCAGGUCCGAAAUGUCCUGCUCCAGGCCGGAGGGGUGAGGGAACGUAAUAACGACGGAAGGACACCCGCUCAUCUCGCUGCUCUGGGCGGGCAUGUCGAAGUUCUCAAAGUCAUGCUGGGCGAGGUUAGCUCAAUGGAGGAUAAGGACAGGUCCGGAUGCACGAUUCUACACCUCGCUGCUGCAAAAGGUCACACAGAACUGGUCGAUUUUCUUGUCAGAACGGAGGAGGUAACGGAUAGCAAAGCUGUGGAAGGAGUAACCCCCGGGGAUCCGGAGUCAGAAUGCAGUGCUCGUAAUGAUGCAAAUGCUGUCUCCACUCGAUCGAGAUCUAAUAUCGAGGCAGCGGACGCGAGAGGCUUUCGAGCACUUCAUUGGGCUGCCAACACACCUUCUGGAGAUUCCAUAGGCCGCAUUCUCGUAUCUCGGCACGCCGACAUACAUGCGACUGACCUGGGCGGCAGGACCCCGUUGAAUAUUUGCGUCCUCUCUGGAAAUGCGGAACUUGCCCGAUAUCUGAUAGAUGAAGGCGCAAAAAUUGAUCCACGCAGUGAAGCCAACAUUCACGCCUUGCAUCAUGUAGCAAAAACUGGGAAUCUACAAAUGUUAAAAGCCCUUUUCGAGCUUGAAGGGCGUCUUAGUGUUGAUUUAUUUCAUCUUACAAUCAAGACCGGAAAUAUUGAUUCUAUUAAAUUCCUAAUUUCGGAGCAUGCUAAUAUGGCUGCUUUUGGGUCUCAAGGCGCCACGGCAUUGCAUAUCGCAACAGAGACAAAAAAACACCCCGAAACCAUUGUCCAACUCCUUGCCGAUCAUGGGGCAGAUUUAAAUUCUAAAGAUAGAUCUGGGCAGCCUGUGGUACAUAAGGCAAUAAAACUGGGUCAGUACGACUUGGUGAAGUUCUUGAUCGAGAGGAAGGUAGAUUUGGAUGCGCAGGAUAAAUAUGGAAACACUGCUGUGCAUGUUGCAGUUCUCAAUGAGAAUGACAACUACAGGAUACUUAAGAUUCUUGCCAAGAGCGGUCCCGAUGUAACGCUCUGUAAUAAUUCUGGACGAACCGCACUGCACGAAGCGGCAAGGCUCUUCAAGCCCGAUUUAAUGCCCAUAUUAGUUGGCAUCAAAGGAGCGGAUAUCAAUAUGCAGGAUGUAAAUGGGAAGACAGCAUUGCACUACAUAGCAUCUUUGAAACAGCGUGGAAGGCUCCACGCCGCAAUUACACUUCUCGCUGAGAAGGGGGCCGAUUUGAAUCUCAGAGAUAAAUAUCACUCAACACCAAUUCAUACAGCAGCAAUGCGCGGAGAAAAAGAGACAGUGUAUGCCAUGAUCGACAAAGGAGCUAAUUUGAACGCGAAAGAUAACCGUGGACGGACCAUCCUCCAUAUCGCAGCUCGAAACCAUGAUUGUGAGAUGAUUGCCUGUCUUGCCGAUCUUGGUGCCAAAGUAAAUACAAAAGACAAUCGUGGAAAUAGUGCAAUACAUUGUACAGUCGCCCAUAAUCUCGCUGCAGAGACGAUUUUGAGAUCAGUGGAGGCCUUAACGGACGAAGGUGCGAAUAUCAAUUCGCAGGACUCCUAUGGGCGGACUAUCCUACACCUCACGCUUAUAACCAUUCCAAAAGACAUCAACGAACUAUUGCGCUUUUUCAUUACCCAGAGCAAAGCGAAUGUUUGGAUUAAAGAUAAACUUGAGCGUACAAUUCUGCAUUACUCAAGCCUUAAUGUUGAGAUCUCCUUGGUCAGGUUCUUCCUAACCCGUGGGCCGGAUCUGUUAAACGCCUUGGAUGCAAACGGGUAUACCGCCCUGCACUUUGCUUGUUUUGAGGGGAAGCCUGAUCUUGUUCGUUUCCUCCUUGAUAAAGGGGCCGACUUCGGAAUAAGGGUUUGCGGUUGGACACCACUGCAUCUAGUGAUUCUCUCAUCCCUUACCGACCAUCAGCGAAAGGAUUGUGUGGAGAUAGCGUAUACGCUCAUCGAGAGAGGAGUGGACAAGAGCUGUAAAGACCAAGAUGGACGUACAGCACUUGACAUGGCAGUCAUCUUAGAGGCAAAAGACCUGUUACAGGUCUUUCAUUCGGACCCAGAAAUGCCGAAUAUCCCUUUGGGAAGCGAUGAAGGUGUCAGUGAGAUCGCCUUUGAACAGGCCAUCGUUGGCGAGAGAGGAGAUUCUUUUGAAAACAAUGCUGAUGUCGAUGCUAUCGACGACGAAGAUGUCGACGAGAGCAUUGAUGGGGAUGACGGUGAAAGCAGUAAUGGAGAUGCUUAUGAUGGCAACAAUGAAGAUGUUUGGGGAAAUAGCCAGUGCUAA